AUGCCUAGCGCCACGGGAGCCAACUGGGAGAAGUACCAGAAGAACUAUGCGGAUGACGAGGAGCCAGAGAAGAAGAUCACACCUCUUACGGAAAGCGACAUCGCAGUACUGAAGACCUAUGGCGCGGCGCCAUACGCAAAUGCCCUGAAGAAACUCGAGAAAGAUAUCAAGGACAAACAAGCAAGCGUGAACGAGAAGAUUGGCGUCAAGGAAUCCGACACGGGUCUCGCGCCUCCCCAUCUUUGGGAUGUUGCCGCCGACCGGCAACGAAUGGCCGAAGAACAGCCGCUCCAAGUGGCUCGUUGCACAAAGAUUAUUCAGGAUGAGAAAGAUUCCGACAAGAGCAAAUAUGUGAUCAACGUGAAACAGAUCGCCAAGUUCGUAGUGAACCUGGGAGAGCGCGUCAGCCCAACGGAUAUCGAAGAAGGCAUGCGAGUUGGUGUCGACCGGAACAAGUACCAAAUUAUGCUACCACUCCCGCCCAAAAUCGAUCCCAGUGUUACGAUGAUGACGGUCGAGGACAAGCCCGAUGUCACUUAUGGUGACGUGGGUGGAUGCAAGGAGCAGAUCGAGAAGCUACGGGAGGUCGUCGAAAUGCCGCUCCUAUCACCGGAGCGAUUUGUGAACCUCGGUAUUGAUCCGCCCAAAGGUGCACUUCUCUACGGUCCUCCAGGAACUGGAAAGACGCUUUGUGCUCGUGCUGUUGCCAACCGAACCGACGCGACUUUUAUCCGUGUCAUCGGCAGUGAGUUGGUGCAGAAGUACGUUGGUGAAGGUGCCCGAAUGGUGCGUGAGUUGUUCGAAAUGGCCCGUACCAAGAAGGCUUGCAUCAUUUUCUUCGACGAGAUUGACGCUGUUGGUGGUGCGCGAUUCGAUGAUGGCGCUGGUGGUGACAACGAAGUUCAACGUACCAUGCUGGAACUGAUUACCCAGCUGGACGGUUUUGAUGCUCGCGGUAACAUUAAGGUCAUGUUCGCAACUAACCGACCUUCGACUCUCGAUCCCGCUCUGAUGCGUCCCGGUCGUAUCGACCGUAAGAUUGAAUUUUCUCUACCAGACGUGGAGGGUCGUGCCAACAUUCUCCGCAUUCAUGCGAAGAGCAUGUCUGUUGAGCGGGAUAUUCGGUGGGAGUUGAUUUCCCGGCUGUGUCCCAACGCUACCGGUGCCGAGUUGCGCAGUGUUGCGACCGAAGCUGGCAUGUUUGCGAUUCGUGCACGGAGAAAGGUUGCCACAGAAAAGGACUUCCUCGCAUCAGUGGAGAAGGUCAUCAAGGGCAACCUCAAGUUCAACUCGACGGCAACAUACAUGCAAUACAAUUAG